AAGAGCAACAAGACACUUCCAGGACUAAUAAAAAUAAUAACACUCAUGGCAGUAUAUUAAAAAGAACAGAGAAUAUGACUCUAAAUAUUGAAAAUUCAAAUAUGAGAAAAAAUUCAGAAACUCAAAAUGCAGACUCAAUAAGCAAUUCUACUUCCAACAAAGAAACAGCACAAGAGAUAACUUCUCCUAUG